AUGGUCAACUUCAAAGAGCUUGCGACAAUCGCUGCUGAACUCCAGGCAUUUGACCGAUCUCUGCACGCCUUUAGCGGUUUGUAUAUUUGGGAGUUUGUCUCGACCUUCGAUUACGAAUGGCAGUUCUAUCGACGAAGGAUGCCUUUCAAAUGGACUAUCUUGUUGUACAUCGGUGCAAGAUGGCUCACGCUCGCCUUUGUCGUCUGUGUCUACAUCCUAUUGGAUUCACUCACCGAGAUUAACUGCAAUGCGGUGUUCAAGUCACUGAUAGCCACCUCGUAUUCUGCCCUCGUCUGUACCUCUGUGUUCGUUGCUAUCUGGCGCUUUACCAAGCUCGUCAUCGCCACAGUCAUCUGCAUUCAACUUUUCAAUACAUCUUGGGCUAUUCUCGGUGUGACAAGAGCACACGCGGAAUGGAAUCCCAUCUUGCAAAUCUGUGUUAUCACGGACACGGUGCUUCAGCGAGACACGAUGAUUGUCGACCUUGCAUGCCAGCUCUCGCUGCUCGUGAUCAUGUUCGUCGGCGUCCUUCGGAUACGCUCGGAGAACGGACUGUGGCGUGUGCUGUACAAUCAAGGUAUUCUCUGGCUUCUGCUCUCUGUGCUUGCCGUCGUACCGUCCAACACUCUAUUGAUCCUGAAUCUGAACGAUGUUAUGAAUCUAAUUGCACAAACCCCACAUCUCCUAAUCAUGGCGAUUAGCACCACACGCAUACAUCGCAAGCUCAACGAGUACUGCGCGCCGAAGCCAAACUUCACGACCGUGACUACCAUCAAUUUCCGACCCGUGGCAGCGACCGUCAAUAGCGCCCAUCCUCCCGAAGCGACCUCUGUGCGCGAGAAAUGUAAAUCGGACGGACCGCUUGACGACCCUUCCGUUGAUUCCCGCCCUCUGUAUGCGUCCCUGUUGGUGCACAGAGACUCGCUUGAUAUAGAGUCUCGAGGAGGCGCAGAAUCCUGGCCGAAGCGAAAUGUGUCCGUCCAGGUCGGCAUGGGAAGGGAGAGCUUCGACUCUGAUUUUGUGCAGUGGCAGUAUGAGGGCUGA